CAUUCUAAAUUUUCCGCAAUUUGUGUUCAUUUCCGCUGCUGUGUAUCCUCUUCCAACUGGCUACACUCUUGCAGCCACCAACACAAUACAGAAGCAGAGAUAAUAGCAGUUUCUCCAUAUCUCAAUAUUCCUAACCUUUUCAACUCUCCCGAUCUAAAUGUCUUCAACUUCAAUCGAGUAAAACCGAAACGAUGGCGGAAACCGCAAUUUUCUUCGCCGCCACUGGAGAACCUCCUCUGCUACGAUUCUUCAACAGCACCUUUCUCUACGUCAAACGGAACCUCAUCGCUCACAUUUUCCGCUCCCUAGACGACGCCGUCUCACACCACAGGAUUUGCUGUGUCGUGGACGCGGCGAUCGAGAAAAAGUGCGACGUGUACGCGAGAGAUUCUUCGUCGAACGACAGGAGUUUUGGCGCGGACGAGAAUGGACGGCACGCUGUUUUCAAUGUGCUGGACACUAUGCUUAAGGAUAGUUUAGAGCGGCUGAAGAUGAUGAGGGAAAAUCUAUGUUUGGUAAAGAUAGGUCUAACUAUGGGAUAUGCUUGUGAAUUCAAGUAUGCUGAACACACAGCUACUAUUAGGAGUUUGUGCUUGGACAGUAAGUUGGUCGCAGCUCUUUGGCUUCGGAGGAAAAUGGUUAUGAAAGGUGUUGUUCCUGAUGUGUUUACCCACAACCAUAUUGUAAAAGGGCUGUGCAAAAUUGGUGUUCUGGAGAAAGCAGAUUGGAUUGUUGCAGAGAUGUUAGAAAAUGGUCCUGGUCCCAAUUGUGCGACUUAUAACACUUUGAUUAAGGGCUAUUGCACUGUUAAUGACAUGGACAGGGCUUUGUCUCUGCUCUCCACCAUGUCCAAUGCUGGGGUUCUGCCAAACAGGGUUACUUGUAGUAUACUGGUGCGUGCUCUGUGUGAGAAAGGUCUUCUAAAGGGAGCUAAAAGGACUAAAAGGAUGCUCCAAGAAAUAUUGAAGGAUGAUGACGAGAAAGAUAUAACUAAUUUAGUAACCUCUACUAUAUUUAUGGAUAACUUCUUUAAGAAAGGAGCAAUUUUUCAGGCUCUUAGUCUUUGGAAUGAGAUGGUUCAGAAUUGUACUAAAGUUGAUGUUGUAGCUUAUAAUGUUCUUAUCCAUGGCAUUUGCAAGAGUCUACAAAUGAACCUUGCAUAUGGAUAUACAUGCGAGAUGUAUAAGAAAGGUUUACUUCCUGAUGUUUUUACCUAUAAUAUUCUUAUAGGUGCUCUUUGCAAGGAAGGUAAAACUAGUGAGGCUUGCUAUACCCUUGGAGUCAUGUCUAGUAUGGGAAUUAUGCCCAAUGAAAUUACAUACCAGCUUGUGAUUCGAGGUCUUUGUUUUGAUGGAGAGAUUGCUAGAGCAAAAAGCUUGCUUCGGUCUAUGUUGAACAAUUUAAUAGUGCCCAAGCCUUUAAUAUGGAACCUACUAAUUGACUUAUAUGGACGAUAUGAUGAUCUUAGGAAUGCACUUUCGACAAGAAAUGAGAUGCUAGAUUAUGGUGUUCACCCAAAUGUAUUUACUUACAAUGCUUUAAUUCUUGCACAAGUGAAGAAUGACAAUUUCAAUUGUGCUUGCACUCUGAAGGAAGAAAUGCUUUCAGAGGAUAUUUUUCCUAAUGUUGUUACCUAUAAUUUAUUGAUAGGUGCCGCCUGUAAUUUAGGACGUCUUGAUUUUGUUCUUCAAUUACAUGAUGAGAUGGUGCAGAGAGGGUAUGAACCAGAUUUAAUAACUCGCACUGAAAUUGUUAAGGUGUUCUGUAUUAGAGGUAUGAUGAAAGAGGCAGAGGAGCAAUAUGCCAAAAUACUAAAAUCUGGUUUAUUGAAUGAUCAUGUUCCAGUGCAGAUUCUUUUUAACAAGUACUGCAAAAUGAAGGAACCAGUUAAAGCAUUUCAUUUCUAUCAAGAAUGGUUAGAAAGUAGAAGGGGAAGUCAUCCGUAUUAAAUUUGACAUUCUGCCUGUCUUUGGACAUCAUGAAGUUUCAAGUUCGGGAAAAAGAGCCACUUGUGCUCAAAAGUCAAACAGCUGAAAUUCAGAUUUCAACUGAAACGUUGAUGAUAGCUCUUAUCAGUAAUGCUUCAGGCUAAAAACUAUUCAAACAGAGCUUUGAUUUACUGCCUCGUCCCUCCUUCUGCAGGUCAAUAGUAGGAGCUCUUUAAUUUCUUACUUUUACUGGACCUGGAAUGUUUUCUUGUGAACAAGGUUUGUCAGUUUGUGGCAACACCACUUCAAUGGAUGGCUGUAAAGCAGAUUCUUUGAUUGGGUUGGACAUCCAGAUGAUUGCAGAACCACUUGCAACUACUCGCACGCCCAUGUCAUGGCCUCCUUUGGUUCAUGUACUCCACAUUGCACCCCACUUGGUUUAUGUACUCCACAACGUAUCUCAUGUUGCCACCGCCAUGUGAAGGCUUCCAUUCAGCUUCAAAGGUUUUCCUUCACCCAUUAAUGUGUUUGGAUAUCAUAGCAGCACCGCUGUCCCACUACAACACUGCUGCUAUCCCUCUACAAUAUAGCCAUUGUCCCGCCCUAACUGUAUAACAACAAAGUCCGUUUUUCCCUUUCUAUUUGCCCUUUGUUCAGCACCACCUGUCCUCUCCAAAUUAUUUUUUUCUUCCUCUUUUCAACCCCUUUAACACCUUAUUAUCACCUAUUUUUAGUUUUGAACUUGGUGGUAUUUUUAUUUGAAUUUCUAGAGUUGCAAUUUUCAUUAAUUAUAUGACUAUUUUCCAUUAUUUUUGAAUUACAAUUAUAUUUCUGCAUUUUUAGUUAUUUAUGUGCAUAUACUGUAUUUUAUUUUUGUCUGCCGUGUUUCCGCCAUAACCCAUUGUGGCUUCUAAUAUAUAUUCAUGAAGGAUUCUUGGGGUUGCUGAUAUUUUUUCUUAUUUAAUAUUUUGAUAUUCCUGAUAAUUAUAGUGAAAAAAAUUAGGAAAGAGGGAAUUACUAGAUCCAAAUAACAUGACAAAGGACAAUUUCACAUCUUGCACCAAGAUUCCAGCAAAAGUGAAAGAAGACCUUUAGAAGUUAUUUAGUGAUAGAGUCACCUGUAUAAAUUCUAUAAAUAAUGCGGCUGAUGGUGAUAAUGAGAGCGAAGAUGAAGUUGAAAUUUCUAUGGCUAGUAAUGUUAAGGGGAGAAAGAGUGGUGGUAAAAAAGGGCGAUUGAUAUGUUUUGUAGAAAUCCAAGUGUUGCAAUACAAAAGAUAAACUAAGACAAGCUAAUAUGGAUGAGGCACGUGACCUUCUUUUUGGUCCCAAACAUGCCUGUCAUUUAACCUUGUUAGAUUGAAGAGCUUUCAGGAUAUGAUAAAUGUGAUUGUUAGAUCUUUUUGCCCCAUUCAUUUGAAGUGGAUUCUAUACCGAUGACUUUGCCAAAGAAAAUAGGACAACCAUAACUCCUAGUGAAACACUCACACUUUCAUAGAAGUUAUUGUGAGUAGUUCUGAAUUGCUUUAAGUUAUAGUGUUUAUUUUUGAAGUUGAUUUUGAUUUUAUAGCUCAAUGGUGGAAAAAUUAUGGUCAAGCAGUUUCAAACUUGCAAAAACUAGUUGUAACAUCCCAUUUUUAAUAGUAUAAAAUUACUAAAAUAAAACACUACAUAUAUGAUAAUAGAUCAACCAGAUAAAACAAACCUACUAAGAGGAAGAAAUCUACAUCUGUAAAAUUCAUCUAACUAUGCCUCUGCUUCACCCUCACCUCUUCCUGGAACAAUUGAAAAGGUGACUCUAAGCUCACAUCAUUAGGCGAUCAUCGCAAAAGAGAAAACAACAUAUACGAUAAUAGAUCAACCAGAUAAAACAAACCUACCAAGAAGAAAUCUACAUAUGUAGAAUUCAUCUAACUAAGCCGUUGCUCCACCCUAGCCUCUUGUUGGAACAAUUGAAAAGGUGACUCUCUAUGUUCACACCAUUAGGUGAUCAUCGCAAAAGAGAAAAUAACAUACAACAAAUGAUAAAAAAGAAAAGGUAAGCUAGAUACACAAGCAAUACAUCAAAAGUUUAAAUCAUUUCAUAUAAGAAUCAUAUAUAAUUUAAUCAAUAAUCCUAAACAUCUUAACAUGCAUUGACCCAUACCAAUUUCCCUAUCAGAUUUAUAUCGACUCAUUGUGCUAACAAACCUCAAUUGACAUAUAAACAAACUUGCCAUACCAGAUUUCUCCAUCCAACCACAAUCUCACCAAAAUACUUAUCAAAACCUCCAUUUUAAGCUUGAAACUCAAAUAAUUCACUCUCAAUUACUCCACUCACUUUAAGAUCAAAUUUCAAACCACAAUACAACCUCCAAACACAUAAUUAUAACAAUAAAACAAUCUAAACAUAUCACACCAAUACAAAUACAUCCAAUUCACUUUCCUACAUAGAUAUAUAUUAAAUUUAGAUCAACACAAUAAUCUAAAACAAGUUCUAGCUUACAACUACUCAACUCAAGCAACGUUCUGCCGAUUGCUUGAAACGCAAAGAACUCUAAACGGACCUACGAAACACCAAAUUAGAAAUGGACAGAGUCCUUAGAACAAUAGAUCAACCAAGAACAAAGGAAGAAGACCAAUUGAUACAUGCAAAAUAGUUUCUUUGCAUGAUCAUGGACCGAAACUCACAGGUAAAAAGGAGUAGAAACUUACUUGCUCUGUGAUAGAAAUUGAUCGGCUAGAAUUGUAGACUUGAUGCCUUGAUCGUUUAGAUACCUUUUGAUUGUCAAACAGAUGACUUAGGAGCAAGAACACCCAAAGCAAAGGUAGAGAACUCUAGAAAAGUGGUUUCUAGAGAAAUGGUGCGUUUUAAAGUAAUGAAACUUAUUUAUAAUAAAACUAUUUAUAAAUAACUCAUUUAAUAUUAAAAUAACCGAGUCUCACUAUUUUUAAACUACUACCACUUCUAAAAAUACUAUUUUAUGGGGUUUUACACUAGCAAUCAAGAUUUUAAUCUUGACAUUUAGCUUAGUGGGAUGUGAGUGCAAUUGGAAUGUAUUUGAGCAAGUAAUAGUUAUUCUUUAUCACUCAUUUCAUUUUAGAAAGUAGGGAGAAAAUUGGUUCACAUUUUACUUAUUCAAAACACAGAUUCAUUGAAAAAGGAGAAAUAGGAGUGACUGGAAACGAUUGUAUGAUUGGUUUACAUCAAGAAUAAAUAAAAUAACUUGCUCAAAAAUACAACAUUUGAGAUGAAGUUGAUCAUAUUGUAUAACAUUGAUGAGUGGUUAAUGGGACAAGUGGAUGAUGCUAAUGAUAAUGAAGAUGAGAGGAAUGAGUUGGUUUUUGAUGAAGAUCCUACUCUUAAUUGGGCAAUUGUUUAUGAAGUUUCAUGUAUUGGAGAGCCAAUAAUUUAUACACGGAGAAAAACAAGCAAUGAAAGAAAGCAACUAUCAAGUGGUGGUAUUACUAUUGUAUCUUCCCAUGCUUCCAAGAAAUAUCCCGAAGGAGCAAUUGGAAGAAGUGCUAGUGCUGUUUCUCCUCUAGUCGGAGGUUAUCAUAACAAAUGUCUACAAGUGUACUACCACAGACGCUACCGGCACUAAAUGGGCUGAGUGUGCCCGACAAAAAACCUGGGGAAUAAUAGGUAUUGUUACAUUUGUUCGUAAUGCUGAAGGAUUCAAACUGCAACUUUAGGUUGGUAUGCUUGUAAAUGUUAACAACGAGUGUGGUUUAGCCAACAUAUUUGCUAGGGAUUUUUUUAUUGGUGAAUAAAUGAAUAAUUUGAAUGUACUAAAAUUUAGCUUUAUUUUACAAUGUAUUUGAUAAUUUACAAUGGUUUAGUUGCAGCCACUAGGAAAUUUUUCACCAAGGGAAAUAUGGCAGCCAGGGGUUAUUUUCUGGUAAUUAUUGUUAAAUGUUUAUUACUCUGAAUGCUGAGACAAGAUGUCUGUUUUCUCUCCGUUUGAUUGAGGUUGGCAAGUGUUGAAUUGAGAAAUUGUACUUGGAGAACUUAAGCUGAUUGAGAAAUUGAGCGUUUCAGCCUCCUAAAAGAGGUAAGCUAUGGACUAUGAAUCUAUGAUUAUUGACUUGGUGUUGAUCUUAAGUUAGAUUUAGAGCAUCAUUUCACCAUCUGCUUAGUAAAUAAUUUUGUUAGAUGUAUUUUUUUUAUUUAUCAAGAUUAAGAUCUAAAUCUGAUUAGGAAUAAUGCUUUCAGAAUUUAUGGUAUUAUAUGUAAGUUUUCGGGUAUUGAUAAGUUUUUCACUCCAUUCAUUCUUCUGAAGCAAAAGUUACCAUUCUAAAUUUUUGGGUA